AUGGACGUUGGUUCUGUCUUGCUCAAUUCCUUGGCAGCAGACAAUGCUACUCGUAUUGCUGCUGAACAACAGCUUACCCAAGCUGCUGAAGCCAACUUUUCAGGAUAUCUUGUCACACUCGUAGAGCAGUUGGCAAAUGAAGAAUCACAGGGUUCCAUUCGAGCUGCUGCUGGUAUCGCCCUUAAGAACGCCUUCACAGCCCGCGAAUAUGCUCUGCAACGAGAAUUACAAGAUAAAUGGCUACAGGUCGACCCAGAUACUAGGAAGCGUGUGAAGGACUUGACCCUUCAAGCUUUAUCCUCAAACAACAACCAAGCCGGUCAAACAGCUGCGCAAGUUAUAUCCUCGAUAGCAACCAUCGAACUGCCUAGAGAUCAAUGGCCAGAGCUUAUGCCCGCUUUAGUGCGAAACGUGGGAGAGGGUACCGAUCAUCUUAAGCAGGCUUCCUUGACUACUCUCGGAUUCAUUUGCGAAACUCAAGAUGCGGAAUUGAGACAGAGUCUCGUACAACAUUCCAAUGCUAUCUUAACAGCAGUCGUCCAAGGUGCCCGAAAGGAAGAACCAAAUUUGGAAGUACGACUAGCAGCUAUCGAUGCUCUUGGCAAUUCAUUGGAGUUUGUGGAUAGCAACUUCAAGAAUGAAGGCGAGCGAAAUUACAUCAUGCAGGUUAUCUGCGAGGCCACACAAGCAACCGACUCUAGGAUACAACAGGGAGCUUUUGGAUGUCUGAACAGAAUUAUGUCAUUGUAUUAUGACUUGAUGCGCUUCUACAUGGAGAAGGCUCUCUUCGGACUCACAAUCAUGGGAAUGAAGAGCGAAGAGGAAGAUGUGGCCAAGCUUGCUGUUGAAUUCUGGAGCACAGUUUGCGAGGAGGAAAUCGCCAUUGAAGAUGACAAUGCUCAGGUUGAAGAGGUUUCUUUGAUGCGUCCGUUCUACAAUUUCAGCAAAGUUGCAACUAAUGAGGUUGUACCUGUUCUCUUGAUGCUUUUGACAAAGCAAGACGAGGAUGCUGCUGAUGAUGAAUACAACAUCUCCCGUGCCGCAUACCAAUGUUUACAACUUUAUGCACAAGCUGUUGGUGGUUUGAUCAUUCAACCAGUUUUGAGCUUCGUUGAACAAAAGCUUCGUGGAGAGGAUUGGCAUGAUCGCGAUGCUGCUGUCUCCGCCUUCGGUGCCAUCAUGGAAGGUCCGGAUGAAAAGACACUCGAGCCAAUCGUCAAGCAAGCACUGCCAGUCAUCAUCAGCAUGAUGGAAGAUAAAUCUAUUCACGUCAAGGACUCGGCAGCUUAUGCUCUUGGUCGUAUCACUGAAGCUUGCUCAGAGGCUAUUGAUCCAACCAACCAUUUACCAAAAUUGAUUGCAUCCUUGUUCGAAGGUCUUAUCAGCAGUCCUAAGAUGGCAGGUUCGUGCUGUUGGGCAUUGAUGAACCUUGCUGAGCGCUUCUCCGGGGAUAUUGGAUGCCAGGAGAACCCUAUCUCUCCUCACUUCAAUGAGAGCAUCUCCAGACUUCUUCAAGUUACUGAGAGAACCGACGCCGACAACGCUUUGAGAACCGCCGCAUAUGAAGUUCUUAACACCUUCGUCAUGAAUGCUGCAAAUGAUAGUCUUCCAUCCGUUGGUCAACUCUCCGAGGUCAUCAUCAAGAGAUUGGAAAACACUCUUCCUCUUCAAUCUCAAGUGGUCAGUGUUGAAGACAGAAUCACUCUCGAGGAGAUGCAAGUCAGCCUGUGCACUGUCUUGUUGGCUAUCAUUCAACGCCUCGAGAAGGAGGUCACUCCUCAAGCUGACAGAAUCAUGACUGUCUUGCUUCAAAUCCUCACCGCAGCUACACCUAAAUCGAUUGUGCCUGAUGCGGUUUUCGCUACUGUCAGCAGUUUGGCCAAUGCACUCGAAGAAGGUUUCGCCAAUUACAUGGAACACUUUGCUCCCUUCCUUUACAAUGCUCUUGGCAACCAGGAAGAGCCAAGUUUGUGCUCCAUGGCUAUUGGUCUUGUCAGUGAUAUCACUCGCUCAAUGGGCCCACCAUGCCAACCAUAUUGUGACGCAUUUAUGAACUAUUUAUUGAGCAAUUUAAGGAGUACAGCACUUGCCAACCAAUUCAAGCCCGCUAUCCUUCAAUGUUUUGGAGAUAUCGCAGGUGCCAUUGGUGGUCACUUUGAGACAUACUUGUCUGUUGUUGCUCAAGUUCUUCAACAGGCUGCCAAUGUUCAAGCUAGCCCCGACGGCACAUAUGAGAUGUUCGAUUAUGUCAUCUCUUUGAGAGAAGGUAUCAUGGAUGCUUGGGGUGGCAUCAUUGGUGCUAUGAAGAUGGAUAACAAGAAUGACCAGCUACGCCCUUAUGUUGAAUCAAUUUUUGGCCUUCUCAAUACCAUUUGGGUCGAUCAACACCGAAGUGAUGCUCUUAUGAGAUCAGCUAUGGGUGUCAUUGGUGAUCUUGCCGAUGCUUUCCCUAAUGGAGAAUAUGCCUCAUAUUACCGUGCUGACUGGGUCAUGUCAAUGAUCAAGGAGACCAAGUCAAACAGAGAGUUCCAAACCAGAACCAUCGAUACCGCACGUUGGGCUCGUGAGCAAGUUAAGCGCCAAACAGGUGGUAGCUCAGGGACUAUUCAAACUUGA